CUUCCUUUUAAUUAUCUUUUUUUUAAUCUAUUGGAACAUAUAUUUAAAUCAGCUGCAUAUAAUCUAGGGUUCUUUUCAUAAAUCUAAUCUAAUCCAUUUGGUUUCUCGAUUUGAUCUGCUCCCAAUUAAUUUCUCUUCUUUUUUUUUUUUUUUUUUGCGCUGUGAUUUAGGUGAUAAUUAGUAAGAAGAUAGAUAUGGACCCUUCAGAGCUUAGGUAUUAUGAGGAUGACGACACUCCAACAAUGAAAACAAUCAAGGGUGCAACUACUGGUUUUGUUGCCGGUACUAUCUGGGGAACCAUUGUUGCUACAUGGUAUGAUGUGCCUCGUGUUGAGAGAAGUGUUGCCCUACCAGGCCUUGUAAGGACACUGAAGAUGAUGGGCAAUUAUGGGAUAACAUUUGCUGCAAUUGGGGGAGUCUAUAUUGGUGUUGAGCAGCUGUUGCAGAAUUAUAGGAUGAAAAGAGACUUUGUCAAUGGUGCUGUUGGUGGUUUUGUGGCUGGGGCUUCCAUUCUUGGUUUCAAAGGGAGGAGCAUCUCAAGAGCUAUUUCUGCUGGAACAGCCCUGGCGGCCACCUCUUCCUUUAUUGAUGUUGGAGGUCAGACAACAAGAAUGGACACGGGCAAAGAGUACUACCCUUACACCACCAAGAAAAGACCUGCUGAUUCAUAAAUCUUGCAUGUCGCUGCUGAGAAGGCACUUCCAGCUUGAUGCGAGAUAAUCAAUCCUGUUUGCUGAACAGGAUGCAUUUCUUUGUUUCCACGAUGUAUUCAUACUCACUGUUUCCUUUUUUCUGUUCACUUUUAGAGCGAGAAUGUUGAUUUGAAUAAAAAUGCCCUGCCAUUUAUCAAAAUCAUGGUAUAGGUGACAGUUUCUAGACC